GUGCUACAUAGUAAUUAUUUCUGCCACACCUACCCAAAGGUGGAGAAGCGGAAAAUUUUGAGAAUUUCUAAUGACAAAAAUAGUCAAAAAAACACAACGGAAGCGGUAAGAGACCAUCGCCCCCCAAACCAAGUGUGACCUUCUGUGAAUGGCACAACAGCUCAACUUGCAUCAAUAUUGUUAUAUUCGGUACAGAACUGGUUAGAUGUAUGACGUGUCUGCUUGAAAAGUUCAUUUCUAAGUUCGUUGGAUUGCAAAUUGCUUUGUUGUAAAGCGAAACGUCUGUGUCUACUUGAAUUUAAAUUUUUCGGAGAACGAAAGAUUGUGUCAAAAUUUUCCUGAAAAUGAAAUAGAUCAGCUUUUACUUUGCACUCCAAAAACUCCGAACAGUUACAGGAGCAACGAAAGCGUUUCACUUUAAAACCAUAAACAUGGCUCUGAGUCAAAUACAGGAAUUUUACAAAAACCAGACAGUCUUUAUCACCGGAAGCACCGGCUUGUUAGGAAAACUUGUCCUUCGGAAAUUAUUAACCACAUGUGAACCGAAAAAAAUCUACCUUCUUAUACGACAACACAAAGAAAAAUCGCCAGAGGAAAGACUUGAAAUACUCCUAGAGAGAGCUGACUUGAGACGGGAUAAAUCGGAAUUCAAAAGGAAAAUUUUUGUUAUCGAAGGAGACUGCGGUUUACCUGGAUUGGGAAUAUCACAGGAUGAUAGAGAGACUCUUGUAAAUGAAACGACUUGUAUUAUACACAUUGCAGCUAUUAUAAAAUUUAGCGAGCAUUUACGAUUGGCUGCAUAUGUUAAUGUUCGCGCUGUUCAAGAUCUCCUUCAUUUGGCCAAACAAGUUCGUGACUUAAAGGCUUUGGUGCACGUUUCCACAGCUUACUCAAACUGUAACCAAAAACAUUUAAUCGAAGAACAAUACUAUGAGCCUGGAAUGACAGCCACAAACCUCUUGAAAAUGCUGGAGUCAACGGAUGACGAAACAAUAACAAACACCACUCCAGAACUUCUAGGUUCUUGGCCCAACACCUACACAUUCACCAAAGCUGUGGCCGAAAAUGUUAUCAAAACCGAAGCUCAAGAUUUGCCAGUUUGUAUCGUCAGACCGGCGAUUCUGAUGGGCGCCUUCCAAGAACCUGAACCAGGUUGGCUGGAUGCAAUUCAAGGUAUCACUGCCUUCCUCAUAGGCUCGUAUCUAGGUUUGAUACAUUGCCUCCUAGCCGACACUAAACCUAUAUCCCUAAUACCAUGUGACUACACAGCAAAUAUUGUUUUGGCGGCUGCAUACUACGCAAGAGAGAAAAGUUCGCUUCCACCUAUCUACAACUAUACAGGUUCUGAGAAAAAUCAGUUAACGAAAACUGAACUCUACGAGUAUGGAAAAUUAUCAGCAAAAGUCUACCCCAGCUUGCAUGUCAUUAAUGUGUGCCUCGUGAUUUUUACCACAAACAAGUACUACCUUAAAUUCCUCCGAUUCUGGCUUCAUUUCGUACCAGCCUAUAUCGUCGAUCUGGUUUGCUUGUGUCUUAGAAAAAAACGAAGAUUCGUCAAAAUGUACCAAAAAAUACACAAAAUGUGUGACGAAUUAGAGCCCUUUAGUGCGAAUUCUUGGAAAUUUGAAACGACUAAUUGCCAUAAAUUGUGGAAAGCUUUGAAAGAAAAAGACCGGGAGUUGUUUCCGUUCAACAUGGAGAAGUUGGAGUGGGGGAGUUUUUUCGAAAGUUGUGUAGUUUAUGCAAGGAUUCAUCUCUUAAAAGAUCCGAUGCAUACUUUACCUCAAGCCCAACGAAAACGCAAAUUCAUUGCAUUAUUAUAUUAUUGUCUUGCUUUUGCACUCGUGAGUGUCCUGUGGCAUUUAUUUUGAAUUGUUAUAGUAAUUUGUUGUUUUUUAUUUUUUAUUAUUUAUUUACGCAUUUUUGUUAAUUGUUGCACGUAAUUUUUUUAAAGUAAAUGGGUCAAAACGUUGAUAACCGCCGUUA